UGUAAAGGUAAAAAAGUCUUUCUAAAUAAAUAAAACCCUACAUAGUGAUAUGAGACCUUUAAAACUCUACUUCCUUCUUUUCGUCUCCUCUUUGCUAGCAAUUAGGAGCUGCUUCUCCUCUCCUCUCCUCCCUCUCCCUCGAUAAGUCGCUUUGAUCCAAAAUGUCUCUGGUGGCAAACGAGGAUUUUCAGCACAUUCUGCGUGUGCUGAAUACUAAUGUUGAUGGGAAGCAAAAGAUUAUGUUUGCUUUGACAUCUAUCAAAGGUAUUGGCAGGCGAUUCGCUAACAUUGUUUGCAAGAAGGCUGAUGUUGACAUGAACAAGAGGGCUGGUGAAUUGACUGCUGCUGAGCUGGAUAAUCUCAUGGUCAUUGUUGCAAAUCCUCGUCAAUUUAAGAUCCCAGACUGGUUUUUGAAUCGGCAGAAAGAUUACAAGGAUGGCAAAUAUUCUCAAGUUGUGUCUAAUGCACUUGACAUGAAGUUGAGAGAUGAUUUGGAGCGAUUGAAGAAGAUCAGGAACCAUCGUGGUCUGAGGCACUACUGGGGUCUUCGGGUCAGGGGACAGCACACCAAGACCACUGGUCGGCGUGGAAAGACAGUUGGUGUUUCUAAGAAGCGGUGAACAACAAUACAUACACGAUUAAACAAUGUUAUAUAUGGAUUGGCAGAGUUGGUCCAUGCUGCUAGUAAUUUUUGCUCUAGAGAAGUUUAGAUGUGAGUUUGUUAGACGAAGAUGGUUUUAAUUGUAUCAACUUCAGUUGCAGAAUUGUUUAGAAUAUUGGCAAUUUACAUCAAUUUUAGAUGUGAUCUAAUAUCUUGGGUUCCA